UUAUUUACAAUGAGAGACGUCGAUAGAGGGAAAAUUUCGUUCAUUUUACAAUUGGGAGAAUGUCGAGUGGUGAGUUUUACGUUUGUGUCACCGGGUCCAUCGAGUAUGGUCUCUUCUACGAGAUUGACAAUGCGUACUGCAAGUAUCGGUAUCACUUUGGUGAUGAUUGGAGCAUUGUUGCUGGAAUUGAGGAGGGUAUCACUCAGAUGUGCAAGUGCAGCAAUGACGCACGACGUCUUGCGGUGUGGAAUUUUCCCGUGGAUGUUACCUUCAAAUCGAUGAAUCCCUACGGAUGGCCACAAAUUGUCCUCUCGAUUUACGGUCUUGACGUCUUUGGCCACGAUAUCGUGAAGGGUUACGGGGUCUGUCGAUUGCCCCUGACAUCAGGAAGACACGAGAAAGAAAUUUCAGUUUACGUUCCUGAAUCUUCCUCGAAGCUCCAGCAAUUUGCUGCCUGGCUGACCGGACGACGACCCGAACUAAUCGAGCCCUCAAUUCUAGCAUCAGGCAGCGGCCGAGAACUGACGCGAAUGCGAGCUCAGGGAUCGAUCACCAUGACGUUUAACAUAGUCCUAAAAGAUUUUUACAAACUGGGAUACGACAAUGGAGAACGAGACAAAUACACAAUGACUCAUUAAAUGCGUCAUUUAAUAUUUACGAAAUCAUUGUAAAUACAGGAAUAAAUACCUCUGAAUGAAUCAGUUAA